AUGGCAGUUGAAUCAUCUUCGUCGGUAGACCUGUCUGCAGGUUACCGGCUGAGGCAAUUCAAUGGCACGAUUGUGUUCAUCAUGCUGUACAUGUGCUCCUGUGCUUUCAACUUUGGCUAUGAUGUUGGCAACUUUGGCGGUGUCCAGGGCAUGCAGAGCUUCGGCAAGCGAUUCGGCGAAUGUAAUGCAACAACAGGCGUCUGCAAGCUGCCUCCAUGGCUGUCCUCCCUGAUGACGUCUCUUCCCUUCCUCGGCAAGGCUCUGGGUGCCAUUGCUUGUGGACCGAUUGCCGAACGAUUUGGACGCAAGAUGUGCGUCUUGGUUUUAGCUUGUUUAUCAUUCAUUGGUGUUCUAUUGCAGACAACAGCGAGGACAAGCGCACAAUUCACUGUGGGCAGAUUCAUCAGCUUCGGCAUGACGGGCAUGACUAUCGUGGUAGUUCCGAUUUACCUGGCUGAGACAUCACCCAAGGUUCUACGUGGUAUGAUGACAUCUACAUUGCAGCUCAUGAUUGUAUUCGGCCAGCUGGUGGCUUCGCUGGUCACAUUCGGAACGCAGCACAUCUCCGGUGACAAGGGCUGGCAGAUCCCCGUCGGUCUGCAGUUCAUUGCCCCAGCUCUCAUCGUAGCAUUGCUACCGCUGGUCCCUGAAUCACCCCGAUGGCUCCUGACUCAAAAUCGACUCGAGGAAGCAAAGACUUCUCUCCGAAAAUUAUACAAAAACCACAGCGAAGCCGAAAUUGACCAGGAAAUUGACAUUUUACGCCAUGCUCAGUCCACGGAACAAAAGGGCUCAUGGGCAGAGGUUUUCAACAAGGACAACAGAAAGCGUACCAUGGUUGCUGUGGUUGCCAUGUUUGGCCAGCAGAUUACCGGCCAGGCAUUUUCCAGCCAGUACUCUGUUGUGUUCUAUCAGUCGGAAGGGUACAAGAGCCAGGCCUUCUUAUUCAAUAUUUUGAGCAAUGUCACUGGUCUUGUCUGCCUCAUCGCAACCUGGUUCAUCAUCGAUCAAGUGGGCAGACGACCGAUGCUGAUGACUGGUGGAACGGGAAUGGCCAUCUUCCUCUUUGUUGUUGGUGGCGUUGGAGUUGUCAAAAACCCCAGCAACUCUGAGAGAGGAGGAUUAGUCGCAUCAUUCAUAUUAUUCACCUGCUCUUACAACCUUUCUUGGGCCCCUGUUUCAUACGUCGUGGUAUCUGAAGCAGCUUCUACUCGCGUAAAGGAAAAAACGAAUCUCCUGGCUUCUGUCAUUUCCAUCAUCACCACAUUCGUAACCUCGUUCACCAUUCCAUACUUGCUCAACGCGCCGUACGCAGCACUGGGGGCCAAGGUCGGUUUCAUCUACGGUGCCAUCAAUGUGCUGAUGGUCGUGGCGGCCUACUUCUUCAUUCCCGAGAUGAAAGGACGAAGUUUGGAAGAAGUUGAUGAGCUGUUCGCGACAGGCGUACCACUUCGAAGCUUUGGAAAAGCCACAACAACCCCUACAGCCACUUACAUUGAGGACGUUGACAAUGCGAAGAAAGAUCCAGCUUCAGGGGAGGCGUAG